UCUUCACAGUUCCUCAAGGCAUUGUCCAGCUGAAAAACAAACCAGGAAGAGAAGAGGGGAUGUCAAUGAUUCAUUUAUAUUCAUUACAGUAACACACUAGGGGUUGAAAUGAAACGCUGAUGGCAGUCAGGUACAGCAAUGGACUCCAGCCGGACCUUCCCGACCCCUCCCAGCCUCCCCCUCCCCUGCUGCCCAAACCAGACAAGGCCAAUGCCAGGCUGCAGAAACUCAUCAAGAAGAGUGCCAAGAAGAAAGCCCGACCCUCCCAGACUCCCAUCCCCUUCCGCUCCUGUCUGUCCCCCGUACACGAAGCUUCGGACCUCGAGCACAGCGACACACACUCGACUCCUCCCCGGUCACCGGACUUCAGUUUCCCCAUUAGGCCUCUGUAUGAUCCACAACCCCCCUCUCCGUUCUCGUUCCCCCCCAGUGGUCCAUAUGGUAACAAUCCUUAUGGCCAGACAGGGGUCUUUCCCCCACUGGACUACACCGCUCCCAUGCAGACAUCAGAGAACCAGGUGGCGCCCCUCUUUGAGUGCUCGUCGUUUAUGUUUGACGAUGACGACACAGAAAGCAUAAUGCCACCCUCGCCACCCCCCCACCCCCACCCGUACCUGAGUUCUCACAAGGCCCUGCAGUUCAUCUGUAUGACUUGUAUUCAUCUGUAGCACUG